AUGACUGUCGCAAAGAGGGCGUAUCGUGGCUUGGGUGGAAAAAUUGCCGAGGAAAGUGAUAUUUCUCUCCGGUUGGCUACAGCCCACAGGGGUAAAGGAUCAUUUUCAAUCGUAGACGAGCGAAGCGAAGAAGCCUCCACGGCAGCGGCCAAGCGGAGCGUCAUCAAUUGA